AUUGACACAUCUGACUGCUGAGAAGUGAAAAUGCCAGAAUCCGAUUUUGCGUAACUGCCAGUGACAAUGUCAUGGAAGCCCAUGCAAUUAUCUAGGUAUCAGGAUCAGGAUAUAGUCUGUAACAACAGUCCACGGCGAUAGUAAAUAAUUGGGCUUGCAUCCGCACCCGCAUCAAGAUGGCGAGGGAAGUUACAGGGGAUGCCCUGCUGAUAAGCAAAUUCGAUGCUGCCGUGGAUACGAUCAAGAACCUGCCCAAACAGGGCUCGUUUCAACCUUCUAAUGCCAUGAAAUUGAAGUUCUAUUCUCUGUACAAGCAAGCAACCUCCGGCCCUGUCUCGUCUGCUCGUCCCGGCAUGUUCGAUCCCAUCGGCCGUGCAAAAUGGGAUGCCUGGAAGGGAUUAGGUGAAAUGACUGCAGAGCAAGCAAUGCAAGCAUAUGUUGAUGAGAUAGUUUCGGCCGCUGAGAAUAUGUCUGACUCGCCAGAAAAGGAGAAGUUCAUGUCAAUCAUGCAUGCGAAACCCAAGCAGCAGGAACCCGAGGUUGUAAUACCUGACCAGGAGUCCGCCGACGACACUGUAUCCACUAGUGCCAGUGCAACACCCAGUGCAUCUGUGGAUUCACAGCUCGAUGCCGCGGCAGACGCGGCUCGAGAAGCACCACCAUCGCCCGCGGGUGUUGGCGGUCCGCUAUCUAAUCCUGCAACCAUUGCUGCUACAUCGCAUGGCAGCAACUCUCAACAGCUGAGAUCAGGACAAACGACUCCAUCGCCGAUUGCUUCUGACAUGGACAAUGAUGACAACGACGACGACGAUGACGAUGAUGAUGAUGAGUUCUGUGACACUAUGGAAUCGUUCAAUACUGAUGAUCUGGCUGGAGGGUUACCACAAACACUAGGAAACGCAGAACCAUCCAGUAACGUUGUUGAUGGCGUCACUGAAAGUUCACCGUACGCUGAGCAUGCAUUGCGUGCUGCUGAUUCGACUGGUGCCACCACAACAUGUCGCUCUACUGACAGUGGUCUGGGCCAGGCAUCCUCUCCUAUGUACGCUCCGUCACCAACACCACAGACAGCAGCCGGUGGCAGCGGUGGUGCUGGUGGCUGUAACUUUGCAGGCACAGUCCCUAGCUCGUAUUCCAAUGCCCCUGCAACCGUGGGCUACAUCAGCUCUCAGCAAUCGACCAUGCCCGAUGGCCAGGCUCUGUAUGCGCCCAGUGCAUCUGCGUCGGCAGCCCAGGUGAAGGCUAGCAGCAUGUCUGGACCGGAGUAUCACUCGUCGUCCUUGGAGCACAGUGUGCAAACCCUGUGCAAUGAUGUCUCUUCCAUCAAUGCGCGGCUGGGUGAUAUUGAAGCCGGUAUGCAGGGUCUAAAACAGGGUCGGCCGGACGUGACCACAGUUCGUGAGCCACGUUCAUCGUGGUGGCCGUUCCAAGGCUGGAGCUCGAGCUCGGUUGCGUCACUUCUCUUGUGGCCGUUCCUGGCUAAUUACAUCAUGCGUGUGUUCCUCGGAAGAGGGCAGCGCAGACCGAAUUGAGCUUGUGCUGCGCAAGGUCACAUUAUAAUUUAUGAUCCCUGACUGGCAUUCACAUUGACUGGCACAGUGGCAGCACACCGCGUACCGUGUGUUCCGACGCGUAUAGUCAUGACCAUGCCGCUGCGCUGUGUUUGCUUCCUACGCCCCAGCCUCGUCUGUUUUCACUGAUUGGCAGUCGCAUUCUACCGGUACAUGCACCGGGUAUGCAGUAACACGGAGAAAAUGUGCCUGACCAAUGGCCUUCUCUUUCUGCACUAGCUGCAUACCACUACUAGCCAGGCAUUUACUAGUCUCCCAGAUUUCGGUUUUUAUACUGUUUAUGCAGUAUGACCCGGCAAAGCCUCGCUCUUUUCAUGGUCUUCUAUUUCCGCUCGUGGACUCUGCUUCACAUGUCCGCCUGAAAUCUCUUGUUCAAGAUGCCAACUGCAGAGCCUCUUGCUCUUACUUAGGACUUGUUAUUCGGAGUAGUCGUCUAAUUUCUCGCUUGAUAUCGUUUUGUAUCAUAGCAUUGCUUAAACUUCUAGUUGCUAGUAGUAUCGCUGCAUUUCUAUUAUUUUCGUAUACCGUAUUAUCUCUAAUAUAAGCACGGUCCUUUAUUUUUUCAAUGUACCUCCGCCCCGUGCUAUUAAUGGAGAUGUUCCUUUAUUGGAGACUGUUCCGUUAUUAUUUGAACCUCAUUUCAGAGGCAUGUUGCCAUGCCAAAUUCAUGUCAGACACACACAUUUCAGGUUUUUUUUGCCGGUACUGCAUUUUAGAGAUAAUACGAUACAUGCAUUUUACCAGGUACCGAUAGACAGUGUGCUUAUAAUGGAGACUGAGCACUUUAUUUUUUGAAUGCCGCCCCAAGGUGUUCUAUUAUUGGAGACGUGCUAUUAUUGGAGACUGUGCUUAUAUUAGAGAUAAUACGGUAUACUAGUACUGGAUCCUAUUCAUUGCUGUGCUAUGUUAUUUAUUAUCUGCCGACACCCAGUAUCCUCACGAGUGUGGAAUGUGCUGUGGUCUACCAUAUAUGCUGCUGUGAAAUUAUAUCUAUUGUCUUUGUGAGCGUAUCACGCCUUUUUUUCAAUGGCAAUCACA